UGUCCGCCAACUACAUCAUCCUGCCACUGUUUACGCCCGCCGCAGCUGCAGCCUUGCAAGUGAAAGACAAGACUCGACCCCAACUUGACAGACUCGAGGUUAUACCAUUAUUGCAAAGUACUUUCGCUUUCUGACUCCCUCUGAUCGGCGUAUACGUGCUUAGAGGUACAAUGCCACCCUCCGAUUCCCAAAAGCGUCUUGCGCUUUCAAUCAUCGACUUCCUGUCGACAUCCCUGAAAGAUGGCACACUCACGUCCGACGAUGCGGACAACAUUGAAGUCGCGACGAACUGCAUUGCCGAAGCGUUCAGAGUCGAUCCCAACGACCAGAAAGCUCGGUCCGAAGCUGUCGGCUCGCAGUCCCUCCUCAACAUCUUUUCAGUCUACGAGAAAUUGAAAGGAGCCGGCGCUCCUUCGGACACUCCUGCUAGUAAACCUUCGGGCCCGGUAGGCGUCAACCCAGAAGCUGAGAAGCUCAAGAGUGCUGGAAACGCUGCAAUGCAGCAAAAAGACUAUCAGACUGCCAUUGCCAAAUACACCGAAGCCAUCAAGCACUCGCCUACGAAUCCCAUCUACCUCUCCAACCGAGCGGCUGCCUACUCUGCGAUUGGUGAUCACACAUCCGCAGUUCAGGAUGCAGAGCUUGCCGUUGCAGCCGAUCCCAAAUACACCAAGGCGUGGUCGAGAUUGGGACUGGCGCGGUUUGCCCUGGGUGACGCAAAGGGCAGCGUGGAAGCGUACGAGAAAGGAAUUGAGUUUGAAGGCAAUGGCGGAAGUGAGGCCAUGAGGAAAGGCCUGGAGACCGCUAAAAAGGAGCUGGCUAGGAUGGAGGCCGAAGAAAACAAGCCUCCUCAGGACGACGUGGACGAUGCUCCUGGCAACACCAGGGGAGGAGGAAUGCCCGACCUAUCAGGACUUGCCAGUAUGCUUGGUGGAGGCAGAGGAGGCGGCGGAGGGAUGCCGGAUCUGUCUAGCAUCAUGAACAACCCAAUGUUUGCCUCGAUGGCUCAAAACCUCAUGCGGAAUCCCGAUGCACUUAGUGGGCUUAUGAACAACCCCACCAUCCAGAACAUGAUGAACAGCCGCAGGGAAGGCGGCGGCGGUGGCAUGCCCGACAUGAGCCAGAUCCAGCAAAUGAUGCAGGAUCCCAACAUUGCCAACUUGGCACAACAAUUCAUGGGUGGCGGGGCCGGAGCUGGCGCUGGAAGAGGCGCUGGACAGUAGAUAUCAGGCGAUUUGAUUGCUUUACUUUGCUUUACACUCUAUAGGCGACAUGAAGUAAUGAUACACCGCAUGCGGCAAGUUGCACAAGACGGA